GGCGGAACCACUCUGCUCGGUAAUCGUACUCUACGGAUCUAUUUUAGUGUAACUCCAUGAUGGCAGCUUUGUUGAGAAGACAUGUGCAGGAGUCAGGGGAUGACACCGAGCCGCAGUUUGAGGACAACAAUGACCAGAGUGACUCUGAAGAAGAGAGUGAGGAGGAAAGGUCAAAUAAUGGAGCAAGUGAUGGCGGGAGUGACGGGGAGGUGGCAGAGGAUGAAGACGGAGGAGAGGAUGAUGAGGAAAAUGACAGUAAUGCCAAUGCUGGAUGGGCAGAGGCCAUGGCAAAGAUUCUGCAGAAGCAAAUCCCUGAAAGCAAAAGCAGCAUCCUGGUAAAGAACAAAGAGCUGGACAAGAUAAAGGAGAGAGAAAGACAGGAACUGCUGGAGAGGAAGAAACAGGUUGACAAGAGGCGAACAUGGGAGAUGAUGUGCAGGGAGAAACCUGACAUAGUGAAGGACCGUGAGACUGAAAGAGCUCUCCAGAGGAUUGCUACCAGAGGGGUGGUGCAGCUGUUCAAUGCAGUGAGGAAACACCAGAAAAACAUGGAUGACAAGGUGAAGGAAGUAGGUGGCUCAGAGAGGAAGAAGGCCAAGAUUCUUUGUUCUGUGUCUAAGAAAGACUUCAUCGACGUGCUGAGGGGGACAGAGGGAGGUAGCGGAGGUACCGACAAGCCUGAAAAAGAUGCUGCUACAGCAGACGAGAAGCCUGCCUGGACUGUCCUCAGAGACGACUUCAUGAUGGGAGCCACCAUGAAAGACUGGGACAAAGACAGUGACAAAGAGGAGGCUGAUCCACACUCAGGAAGGGGAGUAGAAGAAAGUGACUCAGACUGACACUCCACAGAGACUGAAGGCACUGUGUCAAGCAGGCUGCGGUGCCUUCAGGGACCGUUGGGGGAAAAAGACAGACUGGUGAAUGCGAACCAUCCUGUGCUGUGAUGAUAAUAUAUAGGUGGUAAUAUGUGGAAACAGAAUGUAAUAGAGAUGAGACAGGAGAAAGUGGAAGAAGCUCCUCUCUGUGAGGAGCUGCAGGUUCUGAGCUCCUUCUUUCCAUCGCUGAGUCAGCAUCAAUUCGCUCCUGUUCACUCUACAAACUUUUAUCAUAGAACAACCUGUGAUGGUGUGAACUCUGUAAAUAGGAAUGUUUUGUACAGUACUGGUUGAAUAAACAGCCAAUUUCAUGU